CACGCUUACUUGUUCGUUCUUCAUCUACAUAGGUCCCCUUCUCUUUCAUGUACUUGACUUCUGUUUUUGCGUGGUUUAGGCUACCCUUCCGUGAGAAGUGUACAACUCCUCGUAUUCAUGUGGCCUAAGCCACGGAAAAAAUGCAGCUUUCAUUGCACAAUUGUUCUCUAUGUGUUGCGUAAAAGAAGCAGUCGAUCUUGAGGCGAACCGCGAGGUGCUCGCUCUAGGACCAACGAAAGGUGCAAGCAGUGCGGAUGCGUUGGAAAAAACAGGCAGAGGCCGACGAGCAUCUUAGAACAACCUGCUAGGAACCCUAACGUGCGGUUGCGUUUUUGACCCUGUCUCGGGGACCUCACUCGCCAGCAAAGCACAUCUCUGAAGGCUUCUGACGGUAUCUCGCUCCUCGCUACUACCACCGGAGAUCGAUCUAAGUACUUUUAGUAAGAACUACAUCUCACUUACCGUUGGACAUCAGAUUCAGAGGACAAGAUCAACCACAAUGGAGCGUUUGAUCGAAGUGAUCAAUCAGCUGCAUGACGUUUUCACGUCGGUGGGCUUUCACGUUGAAGUGGACCUUCCACAAAUUGCGGUGAUUGGAGGGCAAAGCGUCGGGAAAAGUAGCGUCCUGGAGUCGAUAGUAGGUCGGGACUUUUUGCCACGGGGACAAGGCAUUGUCACGCGGCGGCCGCUGAUUUUGCAAUUGCACAACAAUCGUGAAGGCGGAAGCAGCACAAGAAACGAAGAAAGCGCAGGGACAGGAAUUAUGAUUGUCUACUGUAGUUCUACUCAGUUGUGAGUGCAGACGAUGUCGACGCUACAAGGACAAGGGCUUCGCUAGUGAUGAUAGGCAUACUCUUUUGUUUCGGUUAUCGGUCCAUAUGAUUUUCUGGUCUAAUACGAGAGGUAACAAGCACCAAGGAGCAGUCCAAGUAGUUCAGCAAGGUGUCUCUCCAGGAACGCCCGGAAGGACUAGCCUCACAUCGGGCAGUAAUUCUUUUCACGGUUCAUCGAGCAGUUAUGGAAGAAUAAUAUUCUUAACUGUAGUUUAGUUUUUGCUUUUAUUGGUAGACGGGGGACACUUUAUUUUUUACCCUAAUUUUGGAUAGGAGGAUAGUUAGUAGCGUGAAAGAAUCAGGCCGAGCACGAAGAACUCAAUUGCGUGGCACCACUUACAUAUUUUUAAUGAUUGUGAAGAAUCUACUCCAGUCAAGUUCAGCGUCUUUCGUGUUGACCACGACUUCAUUUCUCCUAGAUUCAUAGUUUUCCGCAUACGAAUGUGGCGGAAAAGGCCAAUGGCACGACAGCGAGUACGGUACCCAGUCAGGGGUCGCUUCAGCUUGGAGGCUCACAAUCUUCCUCGAAAGAGAACCCUCUGAGCACGCGAAGUUCUACGUCUAGUAGUGGGGCAAGGCUAUUAUGGUUGUAGUGGACGCUCAUGAUGUUCGUUGUAAUUGUACGUAAGAUGUUCAGAUGCACUUCUUCCUCUGAACAAAGAACAGACCUACUAAAUUUACAAGUUGUCACUGAUCUUUCCCUAGAAGGAUGUCGCACAGGAAGAAGCGUUUCAUGCUCAGGCAUGCCUUUUUGUUCGAGUUUACUUUUGUAAGCCUUGUUUACCUAUCGUCCCCCAUUAUCAGUCUGUGUCCGGUACUCCUCGUCUUCCACUUCAUAAGCCGUUCCACGUUCGAGCACCAAUUCCUCAACUGCAACUAGCAGUGAUUUACCACAGCGGCUGCCUGCGGAGUAUGCUAUGUUUGCCCACACGGACCAAAUUUUCGAAGAUUUUCAAGCGGUAAGGAAAGAGAUAGAGCGGGAGACCGAUCGGAUUGGUGGCAAGAAUAAGGGAGUCUCACCGCAACCAAUACAACUGAAAAUCUUCUCUCCAAACGUUAUCGACCUGACACUGGUAGGAAAAGUUUCUAUGAUCAAUUCUAGGGUUGCAGACUUGUGUACGUGACACUGUCGUACAGAUUUGUUUCUCCAUGUUAAUUCACUAGUCGAUUAUCUGCUACUUCAAGAAUGAUAGGCGAGUUUCAAACCCUCAGGUAGACCUCCCUGGAACAACGAAAGUGCCUGUUGGAGAACAGCCUGCCGACAUCGAAUUGCGUAUUCGGGAACUCAUACUUUCGUAUAUUCGCAAACCGAACUGCAUUAUUCUGGCUACGCAUGCCGCGAAUUUACGACAUGGCUCCUUGCGUCUUCUCAGUAAGUACAUAUUAUUAUAUUGCGCCUCUCGCGCUAGCGAGUACGCACAAUAAACAAUUGACUGCCAUUUCCACUUGCCAACAAGUACUUUCUUGCAUCUCGUACCAUACUGAAACAAAUGACUCCCAUUUUCAUACUCUACCGACAUCGCAAACUCGGAUGCGCUAGCGCUGGCCAGAGAGGUAGAUCCUGACGGGGACAGAACUAUUGGCGUUAUCACCAAGUGCGACUUGAUGGAUGAGGGUACAGAUGCCAUUGACAUGUUAGAAGGUCGGAUUGUGCCUUUGCGGCAAGGUUACGUCGGUGUCGUGUGUCGGAACGCUAAAGACACCACAAAUCAUGCGAAAAGUGUCAAGGUGUUAACCUACUAACUUACUAUUCAUGUAUGAUGUGAUGUGUGCUUAUGUUUAGAGAAGAUUUGCUUUUACUUUCACAGCCCCAAGAAGCAAAAAGUCGUUUUAGAAAUGAUUCGAAAUGAGAAUUCAGUGUCAUUUCGCUUAACCUCAAAAACAAAGCAUCGGACCCGAGAUGCGCAACAUUCUGAAGCAACAACAACACUACAGGACGCUCUCUCUGAGGAGGCCUCGUUCUUCCGACAGCACGCAGCUUAUCGGAACAUUGCCCAUCGUUGUGGGAUACCAUACCUCUCGCAGCUACUCAAUCGAAGGCUGAUGUACCAUAUACGAGACACCAUUCCGGACCUCAAGAUUCGUUUGAUGCGGAGUAUCCAUGUUAAGGCUUAUUUGGAUGUUUCAGCGCCACACGCGGCCCAUAGAUACAUAGUGGAAAUCAAACUAAUUACGAUGAUCGUCCUUUACUUUCAGAAAAAUAGGUAUACGCAUACGGUUCUAAGCAUCAGACCGAGGCCGAGCUUCAGUCCUAUGGGGAUCCUUUAUUCGAGAAGGAUGGGUCUUCGCAAGGCGCGCUACUUCUGCAUCUAUUCAGCAAAUUUACGAGGAAUUUCUGCGACAGGUAUAGGUGGAUCUGAAAUUAUGUGACCUGUAUUUCUCUUUGAUAUACGUCAAGUAGAACAGUGGCUCUACCUAUUUCAUUAUUUCCGGAAAAUCUUGACCGAUCAUCUAGAAUCAUACACAUGGCUUGGUGCGUUUCGCAUUUGUCCUCCUACUGUCAACCCUUCUCCACCGAAUCAUCCUACAACCACAGCAUUGACGGCAAGCGGUUGAAAAACGGUAGUCCGGACCAACUGGCGGGAGGAGCCAGACUGCAUCACAUAUUCCAUGAGAUUUUUUCGAAAACAAUAUCGGAGUUCGACUGUUUCCACGGUCUCUGCGAUGUAGAAAUUAGGACUGCCAUACGGAACGCAACAGGGCCGAAGGCGGUUCUUUUUGUACCGGAGGCGGCUUUUGAAUUGCUGGUACAGAAAUUAUACUUAUAGAUACCACACCAACAAAUUGAACUUUUUUCCUUUCUUUCUCCUUCAUGCCUGCAAGCUAGUCCCUCCGCCCGAACAAGUCGAAGGAUUCUCACUUAGCACCUUCAUGUAGAAACAGACUCACUCUACAUAUAAGUAAGCUCAUGUUCAUCUUCUGCAGGUGAAAAAGCAAAUAGAGAAGCUAGAGGAGCCGUGUCUGCAGUGCAUCGAUCACGUGUUUGAAGAAUUGCAGCGGAUUGUUGUGGAGUGCGAGGUGCCAGAGAUGCGACGAUUUGUAAACCUUCGAGAUAGCAUUUUCGAAGUACUACUUACAUCCGGUGGGCUUUGUUUUCUCAUUCUCAAAAACGACUUUGAAUCUUCGUCUUCCAGAGUAGAGAGCGGUAGUGGUCAUUAUUGUAGUUUCAAGCGCGUGUUGCACAGGCCCCUAUCUCCUCUGUAUGAACGAAGCAAGGAGAAGAGGUAGAGCUAUAGCAUCAGAAAAAAACCCUCUCUCACUUACACUAGGUAGUGCGAGGUGUGCUAAAAAAGUGCUUGCAGCCGACAAAUCAGAUGAUCAUCAAUUUGGUGCAGAUAGAGCUUGCUUAUGUCAAUACGAAUCAUCCUGAUUUUAUCGGUGGCAGCAACGCAAUCCAGACAAGCCUGGGUCAUGGCUACACCCCCAUGGCAGGAGGCAUCACUUAUCCUCCACCACCGCCGAGGGAGCCGCAGGUACCGCAUAGAUUACGGCGCCUUCUUCUCUUUUUGUUUAACCUCAUUUUCAUACACGGAUUUGUGGUUUUUCGCAAACUAUUGAUAUCAAUAUCUUUCAUGUUUUAGAACUCGAUCAUCCUCAGUACAAUGCUCCGCGGCGGCCGGGAGAGUUGUCGCAGACCACGUCAAUAACUGGUGCUGCUGGAAUGUCGCCGCCAUUGGAGCCGCAAUCUGUGAAACAGGAAGUCCAGCCGUCGGGAGGUUUCUUCAAUUUUUUACGGGGAUCGACGUCAUCGACAGCACCGUCCUACGGUAGCGGUGGCGCUGGUAUGGGCUCAGCGGGUCACGGUCCUCGAGUCGGCGCACUCGGUGGAGCAGGAGCAGCAGGUGGAUCUCUUGUUAUGACAGCCUGUGUCAUGUAGUUGUGGACGGCAACGGGUCUUUUGUGAACAAUGACACACACUACUAAGUAAAUCCGUUGAUUCGAUGAAAGUUUUAUUACUCAAUAACCGACCCAUCAUAGCCUGAUACUUGCAUACUUAUGUAUCUAACCGAGACUGUUUCUUCCUACUCACGAUUGAUUGCUACUAUUUGUUUCUCCAUCAAAAAGAGCCAUGGCAUAAACAUUUCAUGAAGAAGUGGUAUGAUAGGAGAGGCUUUCAUUGUCAAGCGUUUUGCCAGCGGCAUUAGUUCGUCAGACCAGUUUUUCGCUACCGGUGCCGCAAUUAAGUUGCCACAUAUGCCCCCGACGGUGUACCCGAGUGAAGAUUUGUCAGAUCGAGAGCGCGUUGAAAUCAACAUCAUCAAAACCUUGAUCGCGUCGUACUACGGGAUCGUAAAAAAGAACAUCGUCGACGCGGUCCCGAAAAGCAUCAUGUAUUUCAUGGUGAACACCGCGAAAGACGUCCUGCAGCGCGAGUGCGUCGCGCAGCUCUACAAGCCCGAGCUGUUCCAGCACCUUCUUACUGAGGCCGGCGACAUUAAGGAACGGCGGAUCCGCGGAAAAGAGACCCUGAAGACAUUGCGACACUCAGUAGAGAUCCUGAAUCAAGUGCGCGACUACCAUGUUGGGUGAGCUUCUCCUUGUGAUGUUUAACCUGGUAGGUAGCUCUUCGUGGAAAAGGGCUCGCUGACGCGAGGCGAAGACCAUCUGUUGAUAAAUGGCCUUCGCGGAUAGCAUUUCAUUUACGUUUGGAGAUCGAAUCACGGAGCUGGGGCUCCUUCGGUCCUUUGAAAUUUAGUAUCCCGUAAGAUAGGAUUUUUCAUCGGACUAAGAUAUUCGAAAGCGAUUUCAUCUUCUGACGAUUUGAUUGUGAUGAUAGAUUAGAGAUUGGUAGAAGUCCGACAGAAUAAUUACGUGGCGCUGUCCCAAUUACACAGCUCCCAUUCUUUUUUCAAUUGCUUUACCGAGGAAGCAACUAAGCUGACGUUUGCAAAGCUAUGGCAAACUAACUUGAAAUUUCAAGUCGCGACGGAUCGUCAACGGUGUCUGUGUAGUGAGUCCAAUAAUAGAAAAGCAAGCUUUAUC